AUGGGUCAGAAGAAGUGUUUUAUGGUUUACACCUCGCAUCAACUUCGAUGCAUUGAUGUUGGAGAUGAAAAUAUUCUCGCUAAUACGGCUUUAAAUCAGUACGUGCUUCCUGCCAUGAUAGGUCUUAGAGAAGCUCAAAAGACUGCCAAUCUAUCGGUUCCUGUGUCCACGGUGAUGCAUUCCGCCUUCCUUAGCUAUUCUGAUUUUCCCCUAGACCAUGAUUUGCUCGACACUGGUAAGGUUACAGUGAAAGAUCUAGGAGAAGAAUAUACAAAUAUUUUUGAUGCCCAAGUGGAUGCAGCUUAUUCUGCACUUGAAAAGGCUGAUGCAUUAAAUGUCGAGAUUCUUGUGACAGAAACAGGAUGGCCAUCCUGCGAGGGAACAGCGAUCGCGACUGUUGCCAACCCUCCUAGAUAUAUACUGUGGAAUUAA